AUGGAUAAUGCUUCGGCUUGUAACUUUGUAACAUUGAAGUGCGCUCAAAAACUUGGAAUACCAAUUAGAAAUAAUUCACCAACGGUGAACGGUGUUGGUCUGUCAUCGACUGACACUUUUGGAAUUGUCGAUUGUGAGAUAGUUCCUUCGAAUGGGGACUCCUCAUGCAAAUUUUCGUUUGAAGCGUUCGUGCUUCCCAAGAUCUGCCAUGAUAUGCCACCAGAACCACUGAAUGUGUCUUCUUGGAGGCAUCUGAAGGAUUUAGAUCUUGCUGAUCCGUCUUUCCACAAAUCUGGACCAAUAGACAUGUUGGUUAACGUCAACCUUUUCGCUGCUGCACUACAAUCUGGCGUUGUCAAGGGCAACGCAGAUGAGCCCAUAGCUGUCCGCACUGUUUUCGGCUGGUUGGUAAUGGGUGAGUGCCCUAUAAACGUUAACACUUCUCGUUCUCGUUGUCAUAAAGGUUCAGAAGGUGAUACUCAGAGGUGCUAUCUCGUGUCGAGUCUAUCAUUAGACAAUAAUAUCAAGCGCUUCUGGGAACUGGAAAGUGUAGAUCCUCCCAAAAAUAUCGUUUUGUCGAAAUCAGAAAUGUCGUGUGAAAACCAAAUGGAAACUUCAUAUUGUCGCACUCCCGAGGGUAGGAUGGUCGUACCAUUAACUUAUGUCGACCCUCAGGAUAAACCCAGGUUUUCAAAUUCUCGUGAGAUAGCUCUCAAGCGUCUCUUAAAUUUAGAGAGGAAAUUCAAAUUGAAUCCUCAGUUUCGGACAGCUUAUGUCAAUUUCAUGGAUGACUACCUUAGUUGUGGUCACAUGGUGGAAGUUGAUCCUCCCUUGUCGUCUGAAGGUCAGUUUUAUUACAUCCCCCACCACGGAAUUUUGCGCCCUGACUCCUCCACUACUCCUCUUCGCUGUGUUUUUGACGCUAGCGCCCAGGAUUCUUCAGGGAAGUCCUUGAACGAUACACUGCUUGCCGGCCCUAAAUUGCAAAAUAACAUAUUUGACUUGCUGGCUCGUUUUCGAUGGCAUGCAGUAGUGUUCACCGGUGACAUCAAACAAAUGUACCGGCAGUUCCUUGUCGAUUUACAGGACUGCGACUAUCAGCGCAUUUUGUGGCGCCCGUCACCUGAUGAUCCCGUGAAAGAUUAUCGUUUGCUCACAGUGACCUAUGGUGUGUCCUGUGCUCCAUAUCAGGCGCUCUGGUGCAUAUCGAAGUUAGCAAAGGAGUUUUCGUCUCGUGCUCCUCAAGGUGCUGCAGUGUUGGCUAGGGAUGCGUAUGUCGACGACGUUGUGUCAGGUGCAGACUCUGUCGAGGAUGCGUUAGUGUUACGACAACAGUUGGUGGAAAUAUUAUCGUCUGCUCAGCUUCAUCUGCGCAAAUGGACCUCUAACAGCCCUGAAUUUCUAGGAAGUUUGCCUGGUUCAGAGCUGUACUCAGAUCAACUUCACAAUUUCGAAAACGUCCAUGAUUUAUCGUUAAAAAUUCUCGGCCACACCCGGUAUAUGGAACUGAGGUAG